GACAGAGGACCAAAGCCGAACCCCCAGCCAGGGACCUCAUUGAAAACACUGAGGAUGUUGAAACCUGAAGGACAAUAUGUGGACCCCAAAGAGAACCCCAAGGUAAGCCACUCAGACUCAGGCCUGAAGGAAGUUAAAGGGAUGUUGAAGAAGGAGGACAGAAGGGUGGAGACUAGAGAGGUGGGCAGGACACUCAGGCUGCAGUUGCUGCAGGUGUGGGCAGGAACACUCAGGCUGCAGUUGCUGCAGGAUAACAACCUCGUGUAUGCCUCCAUUGCCCUCUCAAGUCUAGUCUCCCCACGAACACCACCUCACCAGCCUGUCCAUGAAGACCCCCAGGAAGAGACUGUGUACUCCAAUGGUCCCUCACAGAUCCUCCUCUCCUGCCUGGUAGCUCUGCUGGUCUCACUUCCUGGAGGGAAUCAGGCCAUGGCUUGGAUCCUGCUUCUGCUGCUGUCAGCUGCAUGCCUGCAAGCUGGUGACAGGAUCCAACAGAGAAAGACCCUUGUGGUCAACCAACCAGCACGCCUCGCUGGUGUCCAGGGCGGCUCCAUCGAGAUCCCCUUCUCCUUCUACUUCCCCUGGGAGUUGGCAGAGGAUCCAAAGAUGAAGAUUCUCUGGAGAUGGAAGAUCUUCCAUGGGGAAUUUAUCUACAUCUCCUCCUCGAGAUUCAUACAUAAGCAUUUCAAGAACUGGCUCAUCCUGAACUGGACACAGCCUCAGACAUCUGGAGUCCUAAGAAUCCUGAACUUGAAGAAGGAGGACCAGACAGUGUACUUCUGCCGAGUUCAUCUGAACACAAAAGAAGGCAUUGAGUUCUGGCAGUCCACUGAAGGGACUCAACUGACCAUCACACCUGCCAUCACCACCACCAUGCAGAGCCCCUCCAUCCUCACUUCUGCAGUCACCACAGCUGGCCUGGAGAACACAGAGGGCCAGAGGAAUCCUUCACUUGUGAACCUGGUCGCCACGGUCGGGGUGGUGUUGGCCACGGCUGUGCUCAUAACCCCCAUCUGUGUACUGAUGAUCUUCCUCUGGGGGAAGCAAAGGUAA